AUGACAGAGCCUCGGGCUGGGGAAAAAAAAUGCCAAAAUCCGUUUCCAGCGAGGAGCCUAAGCUCGGGCGCAAGGUGGGACCCAGCAACCUGGGCUGGCCCGAGGGCAAGGUUGGCCCGAGCUCCAGCCCUCGUUUUGGUGUUGACGUCAACGCUACAUUACCGCUACAGUGCUAACGUGCUACAGUGCCGCUAA